AUGCUCGCAUUGCCGAGCAAAAGUCGUCUCUGUCUUGUCUGUUCCUUUCGAACAGGACUACCGCCCACCUCGAGAUCGAGACCGUCUUGUCACGAGCUAAGAAGGAGAUAUACAGCGAGCCCUCCUGUACUUGGUCAACUGCACUCGUAUCCUUUCCGCCGGCGCAGACCGGCUAAUACGCUUGCCUCGUCCAAGUCAAUCUUGAGUCCGGAUCAGGUUGCGAAGCGGACGCUGAAUGAUGGAUUACCAAGGCUCAAGGGCCUAUUGGAAACGAGGAAAGCAGCUAAAGACUCGGAUCUGACGCUUUUAAAAUCACUUGACCCAACUGGGCUGGGCUGGACUUCGUUUGCAGAAAGGCUUAAGGGUAUCCUGAAGGAUCCCGAGGAUGUCACGUCCAAAGACUCAAUCCUGUUGGGCAAAAUUGGUGGACUAGCAAGUGGCGCAGAUUGGGUGGAUGACCUCGUAUAUGGCCUGCACCAUGCAUUUAUCGAUCAUGUCCUCGAACAUGACUACCACAAGACCGGCACUGACACGGACCACACAACUACAACUGACCUGCGAUUCCCAACAGAAUGGUACUCUGGCGCCCGGCAGAUUCAGAGAGAAGUACACCUUCAUGUUGGUCCUACAAACUCCGGGAAGACCUACAAUGCCUUGAAGAGGCUUGAAGAGAAGGCCAGCGGGUUCUAUGCCGGGCCGCUACGAUUACUUGCCCAUGAAGUUUAUUCGCGGUUCAAGGCGAAAGGGGUUCCUUGUGAUCUUGUCACUGGGGACGAUGUCAGAUUGGACGAUAACGAAGAAGUCUCCAUUUCCGCGUCAACAGUUGAGAUGGUAGACACUGCUAGGUCUGUCCAAGUUGCCGUUAUCGACGAAAUACAAAUGAUAGAAUCCGCGGAUCGAGGUUGGGCCUGGACGCGCGCCUUUCUGGGUGCCAAUGCGGCAGAAGUUCAUUUGUGCGGAGAAAAUCGAGUCAUUCCAUUGAUUCGAGAACUGACAGCUUCAAUGGGCGACACUCUACAUAUCCAUGAAUACAAGCGACUUAAUGCCUUGAAGGUCAUGUCUCGGAGCCUGGAUGGUGACUUCAAGAAUUUGAAGAAGGGUGAUUGCAUGGUUUCUUUUUCCAUUGUUACCCUUCAUGCCCUCAAAAAGCAAAUCGAGGUGGACACAGGUCGACGUUGUGCCAUCGUUUAUGGAGGGUUGCCUCCAGAGACGCGCGCCCAGCAAGCUGCUUUGUUCAAUGACCCAGAUAACGAAUAUGACUUCCUAGUUGCGAGUGACGCUAUUGGAAUGGGCUUGAACUUGAGCGUGAAGCGUAUCAUAUUCCACAGCGUGACGAAGUUCAAUGGAAGACACAUAGAGCAGCUGACGGUCCCCCAAAUCAAGCAGAUUGCUGGACGCGCAGGCAGAUAUCGCAGUGCACAUCAAGCAAUGAAAGCAGGUGAAAGUAAAACAUCGACCUCUGCGAGUGUCGGUCUCGUCACCACGCUCAAUGCGACAGAUCUACACGUGAUCAAGGAAGCGAUUGGGGAAGAAGCUCCACCUGUCAGAAAAGCAGGGAUCCUCCCACCUGGAGAAGUUCUCGAAGAGGUCUCGACAAGGAUGCCCAAAGGUGUACCCUUUGAAUACAUACUCAAACGUGUCUGUUCAGCAGCGGAAAUGCAUCCCCGGUUCUCGGUGUGCAACAUUUCAGAGCAGUCCUCUUUGAGUCGAGUGAUUGAAAAUGUUGAAGGCCUGACCAUCCCGCAACGCCUUACACUGACAGCGGCCCCUGCCGCAAGCAAUUCCAAACAAUUACUCGUCGUUUUGAAAGCUCUUGCAACCGCUGUUGGAAAACGCCAGGAGAUAACGAUAGUGGACGUCCCAGAAAUCGAGCUGGAAGUCCUUGAAGAACCAGUGACGGGAGACCGAGCUUAUCUGGAGAAGUUGGAAAAUCUUCACAAGUCGUUGAUUAUCUUCCUGUGGCUCAGUUACAGGUUUAUCAACAACUUCAAAGAUCGGGAUAUGGCGACGUACGCCAAAGAGCUUACGGAGGAGAAGAUCAAUACCUGCUUGCUCGAGUUCUCCGCAAAUCCGUUGCUUAGGAAGAAAGCGCUUACUUCGAAGAGACAAAUCUUCCACGGCACGACGACUGAGGGACCCGAGGGCGCAGACGACCUGAACCUCUCGGGGUUAGACGAUUCAGCACCUCCUAUUGACUGGUCCAAAGUCCCAGAGCCUCAAGCCAUGGUCCGACGCGUAGCAGCGGCUGCUUAA